UGCCAUGAGUUUGUAUACGCUGAAAAGCCCGAGUCGUUUCCAGGAUCUGCCAGGAGACCCAGGAAAGCGUUUCAUCAAAGAAUUCUUCGAUAGGGGAAAGGAGAACGUACUCGAGCACAUUGCCAGUUCCAUACGCCGAAUCCCUUGCCACCUGGUAGAUACAAACAACAUUUCUAUCGGGAAGCGGAAUGUCGUGUUCUUCUUGCGCUUUGAGGACGGAGUAGAAUGGGCAGCUCGACUCCGGAAUCCGUUCAAACAAGCAGAUCCUGGACACGACAGGGAAACUUCGCGUCAGCUGGAGACAACCUCGAUGGAGAGCGAGAUCACCACUAUUACCUUCAUCAGGGAGCGAACCACAAUCCCAGUUCCGGAAAUCCUGGGCUACAAUUGUACUUUUGACAACGAGUUGGGCUGCCCAUACAUGUUGAUGAACAGGAUAAGAGGUUGGCCGAUACCUGAUGUCGUCGCGCUGACGGGAGGAAUUACAGAAGCGCAGAUACUGAAGAUACAUGCACAAAUGGCGGCUGUCACCUGGCAGCUUGCUCUGAAGUGCACGUUUCCAGUCAUCGGCCAGCUGCAGGCUCAGAAGAACGAGGAAACUUCUUAUCCACUUGGCCAGAUUAUUGACCGUCAUGCUCGUCAACUUGGCCCGUUCCAAUCUUCGAACGAUUACUACAUUGCUCGUUCUGUGAUGAUCUACAAUGAAGCAAAGAGAAAAGGCUUAGAUCAGGAAAGCAUCGACUCCGCGCAAUUGCACGUUAGCGCAUCUCCACUUACCUUUGACCCGACAGUGGACAAAGGCCCUUUCCCAUUACAACAUCCUGACCUCCAUCGCCAGAAUGUUCUCAUUGACAAGGAUUGGAACGUUGUAGCGAUAAUCGAUUGGUCUUGGUGUAGUACUGUCCCGUGGCAAUCGUUUCAGCCGUUUCCGUUCAAUCUUGCCGCUUACAUCACGCCCCCUGAUCAAAAGCUUUGCGAGAUACACGAAGAACUUUUUUGGAAGAUAUUCAAGAGCCUUGAUAGUGAAACCGAGAUACAGGGAAGGGAUGAUUCGGACGUUGAACUCUUGUCUCGUUUCAGUCGGUCCAAGGUGGGAAGGAUAGCAAAAUUAAUGAAUCAAUAUGCGUAUCCUAUACCCAGAGGUCAUGACGCGAAGAUUUUAAAGCAGGUAUUAACUAUUUCUCAGUAGAUAUCCGAUACAUAUUGAUUCGUUAUCAACCGACAUCCAUAACCACUUGCUCGCCAAA